CUUGUCUGCAAUGUCAAAAAUGACAAAUCGUCUUAUUCACGAAAAAAGCCCUUACCUUUUGCAACAUGCCCAUAAUCCUGUUGAUUGGUAUCCCUGGGGUGAAGAAGCUUUCAAAAAGGCUAAAACUGAGGACAAGCCUAUUUUUCUAAGCGUCGGAUACAGUACCUGCCACUGGUGCCAUGUUAUGGAGCAUGAGUCGUUUGAAAAAGAAGAUGUCGCUGAAGUCAUGAAUAAAUACUACAUUAACAUCAAAGUUGACAGGGAGGAAAAUCCAGGCAUAGAUAAACUUUAUAUGACUUUUGUUCAACUUACUACUGGUGGCGGUGGAUGGCCAAUGUCAGUCUUCCUCACCCCUGACCUGCAUCCCUUCUUUGGUGCAACUUAUCUUCCACCGGAAGAUAAAUACGGUAGGCCUGGUUUUAAGACACUGCUGAACCGUAUUGCUCAACUGUGGCAAGCAGACUCUGAAAAGAUCAAGUUGAGUGGAGAGGAUAUGACAAAACAACUCAAAUCAUACGUUCAGGCUAUGCCCAGCAGUUCGGCAACUGACGUGGAACCGGAUACCGUAGCUGCAGAUACGUUCGAUCAUUUCAGGCAAACUUUCGAUGGCAUCAAUGGCGGUUUCGGCUCUGCACCAAAGUUUCCCACACCUGUGCAGCUUCAGUUCCUCUUCGAGUAUUACGCUUAUAAUCAUAGGUUGUCUGAAAAGAAAGAAGAUGCUCAAAAAGCAUUAGACAUGGCACUCUUUACGUUAAGGAAGAUCGCUGCUGGUGGCAUACAUGAUCAUGUUGGUAGUGGCUUCCACAGAUACAGUACUGAUAAGAAGUGGCAUGUUCCACAUUUUGAGAAAAUGCUAUAUGAUCAAGCACAGUUACUUUCUCUUUAUUCAAUCGCUUUUCAAUUGACCAGAGAAAAGCUUUACGCUACUGUAGUCAAGGAUAUAAUUUUAUACCUAUCGCGCGAUUUACGUCAUGGUAAGGGCGCCUUCUAUUGUGCUGAAGACGCUGAUUCUUUCCCUACUGCAAAUGAUACUAGAAAGAAAGAAGGCGCUUUUUGCGUUUGGGAAAUGUCAGAAAUACGUUAUCUUCUAGGAGAAGACGAUGCUGAAGUCUUUAGUACUCAAUUCGGUUGCGAAGAAAAUGGCAAUGUUGAUCCACGAAAAGACCCUCAUAACGAGCUUAAGCACAAGAAUGUCCUCUUUCAAGCUAAAACCAGUGAGGAAACAGCUAAAAAGACCGGUUUGGAUGUUUCAAGAGUCAACGAAAUCCUGACAUCCUGUAAGCAGAAAUUAUGGCAAUAUCGAGCGACUAGGCGUCCCAAACCUCAUAGGGAUGAGAAGAUCUUGACUGCGUGGAACGGGCUAACAAUAUCAGGCUUGGUUCAAGCGUAUGAAGCCCUUCAAGAUCCCACGAUUCUUGCUUUAGCUGUCGAAACUGCUGAAUUUAUUCAUAACGAGCUCUAUAUAUCCUCAUCGCAAACAUUAUUAAGAAACUACUGCAAUGGUCCUUCGAAUAUUGAUGGAUUCAUUGAUGAUUAUUGCUUUUUAAUCCAAGCUUUGAUUGAUCUCUAUGAAGCCACUUUUGAGGAGCGAUGGCUGGAAUGGGCUUCCAUUCUUCAAGAAAAGCAAGAUGAGCUAUUUUUCGAUACUGAAGGAGGAGGAUAUUUCAAUACUUCGAAAGAUAAGGCCGUACUGAUCAAUAUGAAAGAAGAACAAGACGGUGCUGAACCAUCAGCCAAUUCAGUUUCGCUCAGAAAUUUGGUUCGUCUUUCAGUCCUUCUGAACAAUAGACAGUAUGCUAAGAAGGCAGAGGCAACCGCAAAAUCGUUUAAUCACACUUUAAAAAAGUUUCCCUUCACCGUCCCUGCCUUAGUUGCUUCUUUCAUGCUGUUAUCGAAGGGUGUAAAAGAGAUUGUUUUGGCUGGAGAUAUAGAAAAUCAUACUCUGCAAUUAUUCAGGAGUACCGUAUUUCAGUAUUUCCUGCCAAACAAACUAAUCGCAUUCGUUCGACCAAACGGCUUCCUCGCUAAAAAGAACGAGAUAAUCCAGCAGAUAGCUGCUCAAGAAUCUCAAACUGGUCAGAAAGUAGCUGCUUACAUCUGUGAAAACUUCACUUGUGGCUUGCCAAUAAGCUCAAAAGAAGAAUUAGAGCAGAGAUUAUCUCCCUGACUAAGAUUUUUAACCAAUGUUUUUGAUAGAAUGUAAUUCUCUCUUUACCAAGCA